GACAGUCGAGGAGGGCUGGGUUUGUUGACAGGAACUGUGACGGUGCGUUUGAAAAGCUUAAAGGAAAAAAGUGGAAGGAGGUUACGGCACUCAGUUUUCGCUUCGAAACGUCGAAAACUCACCACCGUCGACGUGAAUUAUGACUCUGACGGCCGCCGUCAAGCAAAGAUGCAAUGGAGGUCAAUAGUAGUGGGUCUUCUUGUGCUGCGUGUGGCCCUGAACUGCAUCCUGUGGCUCGCGUUUGGACUCGGACCCAGCUGGGGCUUUCACUUCCCGCUGCAGUUCAGCUUCAACCUGCACAAACACACUGAGCCUGCGACCGAUGGAGAGCAGAGGACCAGCAGCUGGUCACAGCGUGUGUACGAAAACAGGGACCAUCCGGUAGGAACCUGCUCAAAGAUCAGCGAGAACACGCCGAAGAAGUCUUACCUCAGCUUCUUUAAGGCUAGCAGAGACGAGUAUGACAGGAAGUAUGGCUCUUUUCCUGACGCCCUCAAGAUUAAAAUGAAGGCAAUGGCCAGGGACAUGUUCUACUUCGGCUAUGACAACUACAUGAAAUACGCCUUUCCUGAAGACGAGCUUAACCCCAUCGACUGUGAGGGCAGAGGACCAGACGUGCUAAACCCGUCAAACAUCAACAUCAAUGACGUGCUUGGCAACUACUCCCUGACACUAAUUGACACUCUUGAUACUCUGUUGGUGCUUGGGAAUGUGUCCGAGUUUCAUCGCGCUGUCAAGCUGGUUAUUGACACUGUCAGCUUUGACAAGGAUUCCACAGUGCAAGUGUUUGAGGCCAACAUCAGAAUCCUGGGCAGUCUAAUCUCGGCUCACAUUCUUCUGACCGAUCCCCGGCACCCGUUCGGAGAUGUGGGGCUGGAAGAUUACGAUAAUGAGCUGCUACAUCUGGCCCAUGACCUGGCUGUGCGGCUGCUACCUGCCUUCGAGAACACCAGCACUGGCAUCCCUUACCCCAGGGUGAAUCUGAAAAGCGGCGUGCCUCCUGACAGCAUAAACGAGACGUGCACAGCAGGUGCAGGAUCUCUUCUGGUUGAGUUUGGCAUCCUAAGCCGCCUGCUUGGCGACUCCACGUUUGAGUGGGUGGCGAGGAGGGCUGUCCGAGCUCUCUGGAACCUGAGGAGCAACCAAACAGGGCUGCUGGGGAAUGUGGUGAACAUCCAGACGGGUCAAUGGGUUGGGAAGCAAAGCGGCCUGGGCGCAGGCAUGGACUCGUUCUAUGAAUACCUGCUGAAGUCUUACAUCCUCUUUGGAGAAAAAGAAGACUACAAGAUGUUCAUGGCUGCUUACGAGAGCAUUCAGAGCCACUUGAGGAGAGGGAGAGAGGCUUGUAAUGAAGGAGAAGGUGACCCUCCUCUUUACGUAAAUGUGAACAUGUUUAAUGGACAGAUCAUGAACACCUGGAUCGAUUCUCUUCAGGCAUUUUUUCCUGGCCUGCAGGUUUUAAAUGGAGAUGUGGAAAACGCCAUUUGUCUCCAUGCCUUCUACUAUGCAAUCUGGAGGCGUUUCGGGGCAUUGCCGGAAAGGUACAACUGGCAGCUGCAGGCUCCAGAUGUACUCUUUUACCCUUUAAGACCCGAGCUAGUUGAGUCUACAUACCUGCUAUAUCAGGCCACCAAGAAUCCUUUCUAUUUACAUGUCGGCAUGGACAUACUUCAGAGCCUUGAGAAGAAUACCAAAGUCAAAUGUGGCUAUGCCACACUCCAUCAUGUCGUAGACAAGUCCAAGGAGGACCGCAUGGAGAGUUUCUUUCUCAGUGAGACCUGUAAAUACCUGUACCUGCUCUUUGAUGAAGACAACCCUCUGCACAAGUCGGGGAGCAAAUACAUUUUCACAACAGAAGGUCACGUAGUGCCUAUAGACCCCCGCUUUAGGCAGAAAAGCUGGGAAGAACAGGUCCCAUGUAAGGAGUUCACCAAGGAACCUCCAGCCAACAUCAGCAAUUGCGAGCGGAUCCCUGAGGAGCGCCGCUAUGGUCUUCCCCUGAAGAGUGUGUACAUGAGACAGAUUGACCACAUGGUUGGCCUUUCGUGACCUCACCACCAUCAGCUGGAGUUUAGUAUAAAAUAUCAACCCUCUGGAGAGGUUUAGCAGUGUGGCUGUCCAAACUGAGAACUUUUUUUUUUUUUUUUUAAAUUAUUGUUUGUUUGCACAAGAACCUCACAGAAUGCAUUUAACAGCUCAAUGGUCCAGCACCUUUACCUUGUGCUGAUCGGUUAGUCUGCUUAAACCUUACUGUUACUGCGUUCAGUGCAAGAUUCUUUUACAAGGAGACACUUCAGGGGAUGUGACAUAAACCAGUACAUUUCCUCAAUAAUUUUAACAUUUGUUAAUAGUGAAUUGGCAUAAAGUUUGACCAGUUGGUAUUUUACAAAUUAGGCUGCAUUCCACUCCUUAACACACUUUUGUCAACUUCACUCUUACCAUUUCCCCUUCUGUCACCUCCUCGAGGGCCAUUCCAGUAGUUUAUCUCAAGUGAAGUGGGAGAAUUAAUUCCCUGGCAGUCUGAGGGAUCAUCACUCACCAUCAGUGUAGUCUUCAGCUCACCCGUUGUUCUUUUCAAACAUGCAAAUCAAACUAGUUAGAAAGAUACCUGACUCUAUACAUAGAGCUGUAAAGAGUAUUGCAAGAAGCUCAUCAUGUAAUUUAGGUUACACACUUCUGACUCAUGAGGGGAAGUGUCUCAUGAGGCGAGAGUGUGAUUAAGAACAUUAUUUGUAGCAUUGUAGCUCUGUAAGUUCGUUUCCAACGUUUGAUUUAGUGUAAAAAAUCUUUAUUCAGGGCUGACUGGUGCUCUAGGAGCAGCAGUGUUCUUAUUCCAUGAUUUAUAACCAGUAUUUCAGUGCCAAAUUUUUAUUGUUGCAACGGACCCUGGACAAUUUUGUUGCAUUUUGUUGAGCUUGUCGUUUGCUUCCUCAUGAGUACCCGGUCUUAGCUUGAGCUUCCUGUUCAGAUAUUCUGAAAAGCUUGCACCAUGUGCCUUCCAGAAACAUGCAGCGAAUGAAACUGUUUACAAGACCUUCAUUCACUCAGCAAUACCUUGUUAUUCUGUGCUCUUGCUGAUGAAUUUUAGUUUGCGUUGUGUUGCAGUGCCACAGCACAGACAAGAUUAACUUUUUUUUUUCCACUGCAGCCAAUUGCGUGUCUUUUACCCUUACCCCAUAUUAUAUUUCUUUUGCACUGCUGCUAAUAAUUUAGUGACUUUUUUUUUUUUUUUGUCCAAAGUCUCACUCAUAUUCAUGAUGAUGGAAUAGCCACGUCAUGGGGCGAGUGUGUGCCUUAUACAACUCGGAAUCUCUGGAUAGUCCUCAGGAUCAACUUUUUUUCAUUAUGUAUUCAUACGAUAAUAUUUGUUAUCAAAGACUGGUGUGAAUGUUGUGUGAAAGAUGAUUAACAGAAACUGUGUGAUAACGAGCAAGUAUUGGUAAAGACGUCAAGGUUUGUACUGAUGUGUGAUUUCUGAACAAAGCCAUAUAACAGGAUUUUGGGUUUUCUUAAGGGGCUAUCGAUCAACACUUGCUCAGAGAAUUGAACUUCUCUGAUGUUGUAAAUGGACUUUUAUCUUGAUUGAUUUUAUUUGAUUUACUUAAUGGUUGAUUUCAUUGUAAUGAUUCCAGGACCAUCUCUGAAUGGCGUGAUGGACUACAUAUGUGAAAAAAUAAUAUGUGAUGGAAUUCAUAUGUUAUGUUUCAAACUGAAUUGAUUAAAUGUGCAAUGAGAAGUUUUAAGGGCUCAAGAGUUCCUGAAACUGACAUGACACUGAGUUUUAUUAAUUUCAAAAAUGUUAUUAAUUAAAAAACAAUGAUUAUAGAACAA